UCACGUAACGUUAUGACGACAACCCGGAAGGAAGCACAACAUUUAUUAAGGCGAUCUUUGCUAAAUAGAGCCAACGUUAGUGCGUAGCUUCACCCUAAAUGCAUAGAUACAACAAACACUCUAGCUGCUUUUACAACAGCGCUGCUGGUGAUUCUGCACCCGUCGUGCAAAUCGUGUUACCUGUGGGAAAAUGUCGUCUGGCAGGCAAGGAUCCUGGACCUUGGUUGUACCCGCAAUAUUGACCUUCUUGUUGCUGGAUGCUGUUGCUUUUGUACAGGCGAAGAACUUUGAGGAUGUUCGCUGCAAGUGCAUCUGCCCGCCAUACAGAAACAUCACUGGCCACAUAUAUAACAGAAAUGUGUCCCAGAAGGAUUGUAACUGCCUCCAUGUAGUGGAGCCCAUGCCGGUGCCUGGCCAUGACGUGGAAGCUUACUGCCUGUUGUGUGAGUGCAAGUACGAGGAAAGAAGUAGCAACACCAUCAAGGUUACUAUCAUCAUUUACCUGUCUGUCGUGGGUGCACUGCUGCUCUACAUGCUGUUCCUGCUGCUGGUUGAUCCUCUUAUUCGCAAACAUGACGCCUACACCCAGCCAUUGCACAACGAGGAGGACUCUGAGGAGAUGCGUCCUCCGGUGGACAGUGCUGGGGCCAAAGGAAACACAGUGCUGGAGCGGGUUGAGGGAGCACAGCAGCGCUGGAAAAAGCAGGUCCAGGAACAGCGCAAGACAGUUUUUGACCGCCACAAGAUGCUUAGUUAAACCCUACAGUUGACCUUAAAGCCGGUUUAGAGUAGGUCACUUCCCUGGGCUCAGCGCUAUUACACUGUCACCAGCUGCACUAUUACUAACCUCUUUUGUCAUUGCUGUGCACUGCACCCCCUGAAUAAGUAUUUCCUUAAAAAUGUAAACACACUGAUCUAACAGCAGAUGUUUUUUGUUAUAUGUAACAUUUUAGGCUAAAAUGGAGUUGUGAAAAAACUGCAUGUUGGCCCACUGUUAACGGCUAGAAAUCAUCUCCAUUAUUUCAGCAAUUUGCAAUGCAACAGAUUUUGAAUGUGUUGAUAAAGUAACAACCAUAUUUCUCAAAAGUCAGACUUAAUAGCUUUUAAGCUUCCUCAUGAUAAUUUGUUUGUUAGCUUCUUGCUAAUUUGGUAUAAUAAGUUGUUUGUCUUGUAGCAUAAUUUAUAAAGUUAUCUCAGAACAGGUAAGCUUUAUGUAUGUGAAUGGUCAAUCUAGCUAUUUGGGUAGAAAGAAUGCCCUACCUAUUCUAUUGUCAAACAUUGCUGAUUCCUAUUACACCACUCAUAAUUUAUUUAUGGUUAUUAUUAUCAUUUAUUUGUCCCCUGUUGCUGUACAUAGUAAACUGGACAUAUUUAGCAUCAUUUGCACUAAUAGAUUAAUUAAAUGAUUGUACAUUUUAGGCUUUGUAAUUUUAAAGUUUCUGUUGCUACCUUUAAAGAUAGACCCAAUAUGUGCCUCUUUUUGUUUCUCUCCUUGUGUGGGUGAAUGUGUUACUGUAAAUUCACAGCUUGUAAAACAAUAACAGAUUGUAACAUAUAACAAUCCAUUUUGGUAGGUUUAUCGUCUACCAGGUAUUAGUUGUUUGUAAAGAAAAAAUGAAAUCUUUUAUCUUGAAUGUACAUGUGGAAACUGAUCCGAAAAUGGUUUGUUCAGUGAGGUAGGCACAAGGCCACAUUUUUGUCCUGUAUUUCACAGUAGCGUUUCAACAUACUUUCCCAUGCAAAGAGAGAAAUGGAGAAUGGGGCAUAUAACAGAGCUUUAAAGCAAUCCUCAAUGUCAUCAAUUCUCUGCCACUGGAGAAUGUCCUAAAUCAGUAAAGCUGCUGAUAAUGGGGUUAGAUAAGUGUGGCAGAAUCAGGAUGCCGUAUGGCUUUCAAGGGCCCUCAUGUGUAUCAUUAUGUCUCGCGUCCUACUUCUGAAGAUGUCUGUUGGGGAAAGUUUAUUACGACACACUGACUGACGUUACCUCACAAUGUGAACUACUGAAGUUUAUUUAUAUUUAUGGAUUGUUUUAUUGUUAAAGUGUUUUUGUUUAGUAUAAUUUCAUAUCACUUGUAUCAAUGUUUUGUAUUUAUAUUUAUCUCCAGCCUAACUGGAGUAUUGCACCACUCAUGUCUAUACAUUCGCUUGAUGUGAAAUUAAAAAAAUCCCCCCAAAAUGUAAAAUAUAA